CCCGUUCUUCUCUCUUAAUCCUAGAUAUCCAGCCCCCCAUCUCAGAGGGGUAUAAAUAAGUGCCUGCUUCCAUCCUGGGCUACACUUUGCAGGCUGAAGAGAAGAUUGCAAGAUGAAAACUCUGCUGCUGUCCUUGGUGGUGAUGGUGGGAUUUGUGUACCUGGUCACAGGAGAUAACCGGACAUGUUACUCAGGCACUGGAAUUCUCUGUUUGGAGAAUGAAGAGUGUGCAGAAGGGGAGAACCUGUGCUAUAAAAAGACGAUUAAGGAAGGUUUAUGGCAAAUUCAAAUUGUCAAGGGAUGUGGCUGCCCUGUUCCAGGAGAAAAUGAGAAAGUUACGUGUUGCGCAAAAGACAAGUGCAACUGCUAGAUCUACAAGGGGCUAAAUUCCUUGAGUUUUGCUCUCAUCCAUCAUGGGCCAUCCUUGAAAAUUUAUGCUCCUGGCCUUUACCACCAGAUGGUCCAUAAUCCCCUUCCCCCCUGCUGUCUUUGACACCUCAUCAUCCUUCCCUUUUCUCUUGUUCUCUAAGUUUCCUUCUGCUAGUUCUGUAGUUUGAGAGUCAAAUAAACAUCAGCAUUCAA